CACAUUUCUUACUUCUCUUUAAAUUAACUUCGAACCUCAAAAACCCUUUGCUUUGGAUCAUAUCUUUCUAGUUCAAUUACGCCCAGAUCUGGGAAACUAAAUUGACGAAAUAUGGAUGAGUUUCCUGGUCUGUUGGCGAGGGAUUUUGGGUUCAGGCCUCAAGGCAAAUCGGCUCCCAUGGCGGCAUCGAAGGGUGCCGGUGGCCUUAAUAGUUCUGGAAACCUUAAUGUCGGGAUCGGACCAGGGGGAGACUCUAGAUCCGCUUCAUUGUCGUCUAACCGUUCGAAAUCGGGCUGGAAUUCCAAUUCAGUUGGUGGGUCUUUCCUUGACGAUCACGACGGGCUCUUUGGUUCCGCUGCGACUCGGAAAACCCAGGGUUAUGGAGAUGGUGGUUACGACGAUGUAUUUGGUGGCCCUCCUAAGUAUGAUAAUCGAACGGAGACUCGUGGUGGUGGUGGUGGUGCUUCUUCAGCCUCUUCUUUCGACUAUGAUUCAAUAUUUCAAGGGUCGAAGGAUUCGGGUGCAAAGGUUUCGUCUUUGCCUGUUUUUGAUAAGCCUAAAUAUGAUGACGACGGCGAUAUAUUUCAUGGGUUGCCUGGUAUGAAGGGCUCUUCUGCUGCUGUAAAUAAUGAUGAUGUGUUCGCGUCGAUCGCUUCGCCUCCGAAACAAACUGUUCCAUUCGAUGAUUUGUUAGGGAGUUUUAGACGGAAGGAGCCGGAUUCUAAGGGUUCUAGCGGAAGGAGAUCGGAAGAAGUCGUGAAGGAUGCAUCUAAUUUUGAUGAUUUAAUACCUGGUUUUGGUGGGAUCAGUCCUCCAAAGAAUAGAGCAACUUCAGAGACAAAUCAGCCUCAGCAGUCUACUGUUCCUUCAUCUAAAUCAACUGCCAGCAUGAUGGAUGAUCCCUUUGUAGUCUUGGGAUCAACUUCUUCACCAGUCUACCCAUCCUCAAGCAUGUUUACUGAUCCUUUGGAGCAAAUGAGUAAGCCCAGUAAUUCUGGAAGUGCAAAAUUUGAAGGUUCAGCACGUAGUGGGAUGGCAUUAGAUGAUAUAGAUCCUCUUGAUAGCCUGGGGAAAUCUGUGCCCAUGUUUUCACCUGAGAUGAAUAACAGAGGGAGGGAAAAAAGCCCUUUAAGGACAGGUAACACAGAUGCUUCUGCUGGCAAAGAGUCAAAUGGGAAAUCUUCUGUAAGGAUGUCUGAGGACACCUCACAGAAGAAGGUACCUGUUGACAAUUAUCGGGAAUCUCAUCAAACCCUCUUUGACAUUCCCAGUGUUUCAUCAAAUUCUAAUAAACCUGCUGGUCAUGCUGGUUCUCACACUUCUUUUGUAAAUGCCGAUUCUAAUGAGACAACCUCUCGGGUAGACAGGUCUCCGAAAUCUGAAAAAAUUUGGGAAGGAGCUGAUGAUGUAUGGUUGACUGUCUCUGAGAUCCCUCUUUUCACACAACCUACAAGUGCUCCACCACCUUCAAGACCUCCUCCUCCUAAACCAGCACAAGUUUUUAAAGGAGAUAAAGGUUCUGUUGCACCUGUAAAUAUGAAGAAGGUUAAUGACUUCCCCACCUUUCCACAUUCCACUCAAAACUUCCAGAGUCCUAGGACAGUCCCUGAUUCAGAGAAGAGCUCUGGUGUCUCUUCGAUUGAUGAACUUGAAGACUUUGCCAUGGGUAGGUUCCAAAAUAAUGCUGAUGAACAAGCAGACAGUCUAUCUAGUGAAGAUGACAUAGAGACAAACUCAGCUGCUGCUGCUAUGAAGGAGGCCAUGGAUAGAGCUGAGGCAAAGUUCAAGCAUGCUAGGGAAGUAAGGGAGAGAGAAAUUGCGAGGGCUGCAAGAAGUAAGGAAUCGGUCCAGCAUGAUGCUCAAGAAAGGGAACUUAGGGAGAAGCAAGAGAGAUUAGAUCGUGAAAAAGAGAGAGAGGAGAAAGAAAGAGAACAAAGGAGAAUUGAGAGGGAGAGAGAGAGAGCUCGGGAGAUUGAAAUGGGGAAGGCCAGACAAGCCGUGGAGAGGGCUACCAGAGAAGCACGCGAGAGAGCAGGUGCUGAAGCUCGCCUAAAAGCUGAAAGGGCUCAAGCUGAAGCACGUGACCGUGCUACUGUUCAGAGGGCACAAGCUGAAGCUCGUGAAAGGGCAGCAAUUGAUGCAAGGGAACGAGCCGAAAGAGCAGUUGCAGAAGCCAGGGAGAGGGCAGCUGCAGAAGCACGGGAGAAGGAAGCACGAGAGCGAGCUGCUGUUGCAAGGGCUGAAGCCGAAGUACGGCUUAGAGCGGAAAGAGCAGCUGUUGAAAGGGCUGCUGCAGAGGCUCGAGAAAAUGCAGCAGCUGCGGCUGCUGCAAGAGAAAAUCAGCAAAAGAAUGAUAAUGAUGAUCUCGAGUCUUUCUUUGGUAAUAUGGGUGCUCGACCAAAAAGUGUACCAAGGCCAAGGCCUAACACAUCGGAUCCAUUUGAAACCCAAUUUCACAACAAGGGAGGGUCUGAAGGGCGUAGGACGUCUUCUGGAACUUCGACCAGCAUAAAGAAGGCAUCCUCCACGACAAAUAUUGUUGAUGACCUUAAUUUAAUUUUUGGAGGGGCACCCUCCCCAUCUGGGGACUUUCACGAAAUGGAUGGGGAGAGUGAGGAAAGACGGAAAGCCAGAUGGGAGCGUCACCAGAGGACUCAGGAGCGCGCGGCAAAAGCACUGGCUGAGAAGAAUCAGCGCGACCUUCAAACUCAGCAGGACCAAGCAGAAAGACAUAGGAUUGCUGAAACACUGGACAUUGAGAUUAAGCGUUGGGCUGCGGGGAAGGAAGGCAAUCUGCGUGCUCUGCUAUCAACAUUACAAUAUGUGCUUUGGCCUGAAUGCGGUUGGCAGCCUGUUUCUUUGACUGAUUUGAUAACUGCUGCCUCAGUUAAAAAGGUUUACAGAAAAGCUACUUUGUGUAUCCAUCCUGAUAAGGUGCAACAGAAAGGUGCUAAUCUUCAACAGAAAUGCAUUGCAGAGAAAGUAUUCGACCUUCUUAAGGAAGCAUGGAACAAAUUCAAUUCAGAGGAGCUUUUCUAAUUUCUCUGCUUAUUCUUUUGUUCUGAGAUGCUUCAUCCGGAAAUUGCUCGAGUUAUUGGGGCAAAAAUACAUGAGUGAUAUUAGUGGAGGUGUUGCUUCUUGCGACAAUCAUGUAUUUGUCUUGAUAUUUCUUUAUACCAUUUGUUAAACAGGUUUCCUUCCUGAACUGCCUAGGUGCCUGAAAGGUAGUCUUCUUGUUUGUUUUUGUUGCUGUAAAUUGAUGUUGUUCUCAGGGAAAAUACGGGCUUGAAUUCUAGGUGUAUUGGCUGGUUAUUGUAGAGUACUCAUGUCCUUGGCAGAUUGCAUCGGCUAUCCAUUUGAGUGAGAGUUAGUCCCGGUGUUAAUUCUUUUUUUGUGAGUACUUGAUUGAUUGAAUGGAAUACCAACAAAUUUAGUGUUAUAUUUGUAAUAUCAAAAUAGACUCAGGCAAAUUAUUUUUUCUUGAGUUGAGAAAUUGAAUGUGCAAUUCAGAUCCUUGGUCUAUGGUUUUAGUUUA